UAGAAUUUCAUAUUUUUUUCUCAUGGUUUACCCCCAAGUCAACCUCUCAUGCAUUCCCCAUCAGUAGGAUGGGGGAGAGAAUUUGAAGAGUAAAAAUGACAAAACUUGUGGAUUGAGAUAAAGACAGUUGGAUAGGGAAAGCAAGACCUAUUCAUGUAAGCAAAGAAAAACAAGAAAUUAAAAUCACCACUUGCCGUGGGCAGGCUGAUGUUCAGCCACUUCCAGGAGAGCAAGGACUCAUCACACAUAACUGUGACUUGGGAAGACAAACCCCAUCACUGCAAAUAUCCCUCCCAUCUUCCUCCUUCUUCCCCCAGCUUUAUAUGCUGAGUAUCCACAUAGUCUGGGAUAUCCCUUUGGUCAGCUGGGGUCAGCUGUCCUCACUGUGUCCCCUCCCAGCUCCGUGUGCACCCCCAACCCACUCGUGGGUGGGGUGAGGUGAGAGGCAGAAAAGGCCUUGACCUUGUAUAAGCCCUGCUCAGCAGUAACCAAAACAUCCCUGAAUUACCAACACCUUGUUUUUCCCAGCACAAAUCCAAAACACAGUCCAGUAAGCAGCUACUGUGGAGAAAAUUAACUCUAUACCAGCCACAACCAGCACACCAUGACAAACAAGUUCUUUGUAGAGAAACAGAAUGUUUUAAUUUUUUUUUUUUUUUGUUGUUGUUGUUUUUGUUGUUGUUAAUGCUGUUGUAUGUGCUCUUGAAAGCUGCUUGGAUUCAUGUUGUUCUUCUAUCUGAUUUUUGGGGAAUAUCCCUUUUUGUUGCAAAAGGGUUCGUAUGGGGUUUUUUUGGCUGUUGCUGGUUUGACUAAUGAGGAGUGCUGGUAUCUGUCACUGGUUUAUUUGAUAGAGGCAAACUGACCCAGUGGUCUUUGUGCAAUACCUUAUAUCGUGAUAGUUCAGGUGGAAGAGCGUCCUCCUAAAACUAUACUGGGAAAUAAGCUGUAUGUGGAUUGUUGCCUAAAAGGAGAUUCCCAGUUAGUUUUCAAAAGUGUUUAUUCCUUAAGACAGUUUUUUUUUCACUUGGGGUGCUGGUGAGGAAGAUCAAACAUAAAAGGAAGGUUUUUAGCUGUGAAAAUAAUCAGCAACCAAAUCCCAGUGAAAGGAUAAAGAAAUAUUGAAGGAUUCUUGGCAAAUAAAACAGCUCCUUCAACACCUUUGCAAGUUAAAAAUGGGGCACUAAAUUGUAUCAAUCAUAUACUUUAAAAAUUGGACUCCAGUUCGCUUUUAUUUCAACAAAUGUAGAUAUUAAAUCUCAGAUGAACAAUAUGUAGCAGGAAGACAUAUUGUGUUUGCUUUUUGGUGUGUGUGUUUUUGUUUUGUUUUCUUUUUUUUUUUUUUCCCAGAAAUAGCUUUAAGUAACUUAAAUUCAGUUAAAAGAAGCCCAUCUGUUACUGUUCUUGUUUUCCUACCUACCAUUUAAAUGGUAAAUAUCAAACUGUAAAUACUUAACUGUGUUCUCUUUGACAAAGAACUCGUGGUAACAGUUCACCUUAUUGUGGAAGUACUGCAAAAAACACUGGACAGGUCUGAAAUCACCAGCUGCUUGAUAGAAAGUACUUAUUCCAAUCAACUGCCCAAACACUUCCCCUUGGUUUCUUUAGGUCACAGUUGCCUGCUUUUUGUGCUUACUUCUCCAUUAAUUUGAAAGGAGGUAACUAAUCCUAGCUGAUAGGAAUGAUUUAGAAAGGAACCGUUUAUACCCUCUGAAUUUUUGAAAUGCCCUUUUUAUUUUAAUGGUCCAUAUAUACUUGGUUUAAUGAGUUUGAAAAUCUUUACUUUAAACUAUAGUGGGUGCUCUAGUGCUCUAGUACUACUGCCUAAACACUGUCAGGCAAUGUUGGUUCUUAUCUAACAAAACAACAUAAUCAAAAAAUGUACAGUAAUUUUUAUAACGAUGAUGGUUUCUUUCUGGAAAAACAGCAAAUAAAUGUGCCUGAAGACUCUGCCUGGGCACAAAUUGUUUAAAGCUAUCCCUUGCUGGUUUUUUUUUUUUUUUUCCCCGUCAAAUUUCAGUUUCCCUUUGUAUCUCUGCUGUCACUUGUAGGUUUCAUCUUUCUGAACCUAAGGUUUUUCUUUAUCAACCCUAUCUCAAAAAACAUUUAUUUUAGGUUCUUGAGUUUUGCUACCAUGACAAAUACACUAUUUUUUUCUCUUUUUCUGGGGUAGUCAAGAUAAAUGAAGUGGGAUGAAAAAGUAAUAGGUUUUCUCUGACCAACUGUAGUAUUAUGUGAAGCCACAGGUUUGUCUCUAUUAGCAAAGAGCACUGCCAGACCCCAAGGAGAGCCUGUCUGCUGACACUGGGGAGCUGCUGGAGCAGUUCCUGGCCUGAAUUAGACCUCUGCCAGACAGCUUUCUCCCAGUGGGUUCCCGGGCCUAUUUUCAGGAGUUGGAGGGUCAGGACAUACUCCCACCAGGCAGCUUGCAUACACUCAUCCACUUCUAUCUUGGAAGGUGACCCUAUUCCCAGGAAGCUACUUGGGGAUGACUAAUUGAAUGGGAUAGCUAUAGCCUACGAUGUUUCCUCAAGCAACCUGAGCUGGCAGUGCUGGCAGCUGGUGAGCAAGACAGCAGCUCUCCCUUAACAGCCGUGUUUGAUCCCACAUCUGUGCAUGCCCCACCACUAGGUUGAUGUUGUGCUGGCAUGGGAGGUGAAGAGCUCUGUGGUGGUGUGGCUCCUGUCUGCCCUGCCAUCAACAUUCUGCUAGAGGUCCUCUGUUCCCUUGCUCUGAAGGAGGGGAGGAAUGUCCCUCAGGACAUUCCCUCCUAGACACAGGAGCAUGGUUCAGUGGUUGAAGGAAAGUAACCCCCAGUGGUAACAAGGGCAUCGGAACAGGUGUCAGUAUGUGAUGCUUUCAGGCUCAAGAGAUUAACAAAAUGAUUUAACAUGAGGUUGGUGCUUGUUUGUGAUUUAUUUUUCCUCAUUUUCUUUCUAAGCACUGAGUUUUUCAUUAGUUUCUCAGAUCAUUCUUCUCCUUCCAUUUCUCAUGACAUCUCUUUCUUCCUAUUCCUGUUCCCUCCUUCUGUUGUGUUCUCACGUUCCUAUCUGCUUGCCACACUCAUGAAUUCUGCUGUAUUGCAUAGUUUCACCUGUCUAUGACCCAGUCCUAAUCUUCUGUCAUUUAUCUCUUCUCUGGUGCACACCUUGUCACCCCCUCAGCCACCCUUGCCCCCCACCAGUGAAACCACAGUACCAAUGCUCAUGACUGUCACCUUUCUGUACUUCCCUCCUUCUCUGUUUUCUCAGAUUGAGGAGGAUUGUCUCCCUUCCCAGACUGCCACCUCUAGCUGAGCUCAGUGUCCUUGCCCAUCUCGAUCCUUUUCAAACUGUGAAGUUUCUCAGGUGUCCCAAAAUACUGACAGCCAAAGAUCUGGGUUCCUGGAUAUCCAUACUGCACAGAGUAAAGGGGGCACUGACUAAUCUUUUCCUGCUCAAGCAGCUUUAAAAAGCAAGAUUUUUAAUCCUUCUUCUUCUCCAGUGCAGACACAUUCAGGUGAGACUGUCUUCCAAUUUUAGCAGAAAAUUAGAAUUUGUUGCCAUACAGAAAACGAAUGGGGAAGAAAUGGUUAUUAAAUGGCAGCAGCUGGGUAAAACUCUUGCAUUUAACUGUUUUGUGGUUUUGCAGGGGAGUUGCAUAAGUGCCAGGUGACAUCUCUGUGCUUGUCUCCUUGUGGGCUGGUACGAGCAGUAGGGAGAGCUGUGUGAGGCUGCUCAUGGGGGAGAGAUGAGGUGGCUGCCCAGAUACUUCAGCUCGGUGCUUUGGCAGUAUUUUCUGAGCCACAGUUACUGGAUUUUCCUGCUGGCGCAGGGGGAUCUGUGAGCUGCAGCUUCCUGGCAGGAUUCUGGGAACAGCACCAAAACCCCCGACAGGCAGCGAGCAGGUUUUGUGCUCUGAGUCAGAAGCAGGCUGAGAAGAUGCAGCCUCCAAAGCAUGGAUCCAGGAUGGGGAAGGGGAUCUGUGCGAGGAGGAUAUUUCCAGUGUGAGGCUCAGAGCCUGGGGGGACCCUCUCCUGCCAACACUCUCGGUUGGCUGGAUUAAUUGGCUGUCAUUCAGAAGGAACUUGGCAGAUCUAUUUUGCUUUUGCUGAACCUCUCUACAGCACGUCAUAAAAAUUUCCUAGGUCCAGAAGCUGCAGAAGAGACAACUGAGCAGCAGAAAAAUGUGACUCUGAGAAGAGACUUCAACUUCAAGAUGAAUUUUCUACUGAUCAGUUCUAGUUUAAAUAUAUAACUGAAGCAUGCAUAAAAGUUAAUCUGAUAGAGAUAAACACAUUCUCAUUAGUUAGAACUGCCAAAAAGAAAAAAAAAGCAGUCACCUGAAGCUUCAAAAUGAGUGCUCCACUAAUUCCAAACAAGUCAUGUUAUUCCCAGCUUCAGGACAACCACAGUGAAAUAAGAAACAAUAAUGAAAGCAUAGUGAAUGUCGGGGAUAGCAAUGCCAACCAAAUUGUAACAAAAGUUAGAACUGCUGACAGGGAUGUUAAGAAACAUGAUUUGACAGAUGAGAGUGGGAAUAUAUACUCUGGAGGAAUGGAGAAAGUGACUCAUCUGCCUACAGAGCAGAGUAAACUUCUGACCUUCAAAGACUCUCGAACCUGUCACACCAGUGCACAGGAAAGUAAGCUGCCCUCCACCACAAGCAGGGAAAUGGGGAAAGAUUGCAGGACCAGUGAAGCUAAGGAUAUAUCAAGGCAUAUCAGGAUCAGCCGAGGACAAAGUCUGUCCAAUUUAAAAAGUAGCACAAAUGACGCCAACCUGGAGGUUGUCUCCAAAGGUGAUAUUGACUUCACCCAGAACUUUCCUAAGGGAAAAAUGUCCAGGACUGUGGAGUUGGAGAGAAUUAAAAGACUUUCCUUGGGAAGACCAAGUAAAUUUUCUCCUCAGCCUGAAACGUUUGCAAAAGACGGCGUUGGCCGUGUGUCGUGCAAACGUCUGCUUUCUGCAUCGCUGGACUCCAUCGACAGAUCUCACCACUUGGUAGCAAGUACAGAGAAACCCCAAAAAACAUCCACGGAUCAUUUUCUUGGGAUGGUGUUUCAUCCACUUGACAAUACCUCAGAGGAAAAUACUGUAUUUUAUUCCAAACCAUCUACCUCAGGGAACAAGAAAACAAGUAAACCAGAAAAUGUACCAAAUGUAAGCAUUGAAAGCACACUGCAUACUUCUCAUUCUCAACAUUCAGCUGUUAAGCUCAAUGAGGUUGCUAGUAAAUCAGAAGCACACUUAGGUCAGGGUGAUAAAAGUAAAAAACUGGAGCUUAGGACUGCACCAUCUCUACAAUAUAAAAAUACAUGUCCACAAAAGAUAGAGAGAAUUAUGCUGGUAGAGUUCCUGGGGUGUCCAAGAGCUGAAAAUACAGCAGUGCAGGAACAGAAAAGCUCUGGGUCUGACACUUCAAAAUUUCAAGUAUCCCAUUUUCAAGACAGCUGUAAUAGAGCAGAAGACCCAUUGUCAAGCCAGGUAGUAACUCAUCCUGAUGAUAAAUUGCAAAAUGAUAACAUCACCAUCAGUGGGGAAGGGAGAGGAAGCAGUGACAGUGACAGCAGGGCAACCAGCCAGGCUGGUGAGGAAUAUUUUACUGAUGAGGAAAUGGAAACAAUAUUUCCACUCACCUGCAGUAGUAAAUCCAGUGUCAAAGUGACACUGAGAAAAAACAAAAAUUUACAUGAAGUUGACACAGGUUACACUGAAACAGUGUGUGAACAGAUAUCUCCUGUACAUGAUGCUAAUCGAGCUGACAGCAAACCCUUGAAAGUUAAUGAGAAUAAACUGAUGCUAGUCAAAGAAAGCACUGAGGAUGCUGCUGUGCCUGCUUCUGAUCCCUCAGAGCAUCACAGAGCACACAGUGCAGAGACAGUGUCAAAACAACGACCUGACAGUCACAACAGUGAUGUGGAAACCUCAAAUACUUCAGUUUCAAGUAAGGAAAUAGCUAAUGUACAGAAACAUCCUCCAGAGGAAGCACCAGAGAGCUGUAACAUUCCAGCAAAGGCUGAUGUCUUUUUAUGUGUCCCAACUCCUGUGCACCCAGUGUCAACUCCUGAUGUUAAUGGUCAGCCCACGCUAUCAAACAGUAAUUUGAAGGAGCUUUAUGCACUUCAUGAUGACAAAUUGUCACCCUCCUCAGUCCUACCUCCCACUGACAGCACACAGUUGUUAAACAUAUCCCCUAAAGUGCCUAUCAAGACUGCUUGCAGCAGCGCCAUCCCAAAACCUAUCCUGGUCCACCCCAAGGGCUCCCUCACGGAUAAGGCCGGCGCAGAGAGUGACUGCAGCGAAAAGCUGGAAGAAGGCGUUGAGAUGAAACCUGCCAUCCCCCGGCCCAAACCUGUGAGGCCUAAAAUCAUCACGUACAUUAGGAGGAACCCUCGUUCCAUAGAGCAGCUGGACCCGUUGUUCGCGCCGGCCGGGCUGCCCUUCGACGGCCCCGCCUGCAGCGUGCCCAUCUCUGCCGAGCAGAAGGCGCCCGGCCCGGGGGAGGCAAAGCCCGCCAGCAUCCUGUAUGACAAAUUCAAACCUGACCUCCAGAAGCCGAGACUCUUUGGUUCGGGAUUAGUCGUGUCAGGGAUCAGGCCUCCAGGUCAUCACUUCAGUCCGAUGAGCGAGAAGUUUCUGCAGGAGGUUGGGGAAAGGCCUGCGAAAGAUGAAUUUUGCGCUCCCCCGUACAGUCACUAUGAGGUGCCACCAACCUUUUAUCGAUCUGCCAUGAUCCUGAAGCCACAGCUGGGGCUGGGUGCCGUGUCCAGGCUGCCAUCUGCCAAGAGCAGGAUUCUCAUUGCCAGUCAAAGGUCCUCAGGGAGUUGUCUCCAUCAGCAAGGAGAAAUAACAAGUAGUGCUCCCAGCCUCUACCAUCCUGAUGCUUCAGUCGAUCUUAAGAAAGGGUCAUGUCCCAGUGCUGCAAAAUCAAACCUCCCCAAGCCCUGCCCGUCUGGACUGCGUCCCCCAGGUUAUUCACGGUUGCCAGCAGCUAAGCUGGCUGCCUUUGGUUUUGUCAGGAGCUCAAGUGUGUCCUCUGUCUCCAGCAACCAGUCAAACGACAGCGCUCAGAGUGACCAGAGCAGGACAGCUAACCGUUCCAGCUCUGGAAAUGAAGAGCAGACCACCCCUAGGGCAUCUGCACCUUCCAAGGAUGCUCCCAAGGGGAGCAGCAAAAGCGCGACGCAGGUAUCGAGCAGCACAGCGACUCCACGCAGGAGCUUACUGCCAGCACCAAAAACUGCCACAGCACCCGCUGGUGUGAAGAAAGAAGUACAAAAAGAUCAGGAUGCUAGCAGACCAGCUGUAUCAUCCCCUAAGAAGUCAGCAGUAACAGCCACAAAACUCCAUUCACCAGGACAUCCCAAGCAAAGGCCAACCACCCCAAAGAAUGGGUUCUCCCCCAAACCAGGAGAGGGGAGAGACACUGAAAAGCAGUUCAUCCAGAAACUGAAGGAAAAGUGUGAUGAGCAGUCCCGGCAAUUAAUCAAUAUCCAAAAUGAGCUUAAAAGGGCCAGCUGUGGCUUUGACGUCUUUGCUAUAACAACACAGUACUUCUUCAGGCAGAAUGAAAAUGCCCUUGUGAAAAUACAGGAGUUAGGAGUCGAGCUUGCAAAGAUCAGGGAGGAAGUUGACCUCAACACGGCGAGAUGGAAGGAGCUCCUGAGUGAGAAGGAGGAGCUGCAGAGGCGCUUCGAGGAGGAGGGGAAGCAGCUCCGCAGGCAGCAGCAGGAGGAGAUGCGGGCGUUGGAGCAGCGGCUGCAGGAGGAGUACAACGCCAAGAAAGAGAGCCUGCAGGAGCAGCACAGGCUGCAGCUGGAACAAGCCAAAUUGCAGCAUCAGGACCAGGUGGAAGAUCUCACAGCUGUUCAUGAAGCUGCAAUGUCACAGCUGGAAAAUAACCACAUAGUGGCCAUUACAGUACUGCAGGAUGAGAAUGACUGCAAGAUUCAAGAACUGAAUACUGCUCACAAACUGGAAAAGGCACAACUGGAAGACACUUUCGAAAAGCUGCGUCUGUCACUCCAGGACCAGAUAGACACCCUCACCUUCCAGAACCAAUCUCUUAAGGCCAAAGCAGACCGGUUCGAAGAGGCUCUGAAGAAAAACACGGAGGAACAGCUGAAGAUUGUGCAAGCUCCGUAUCUACACCUAGAAAAAGAUUUGAAGAGCUUAAAACAUGUUCUAGAAAUGAAGAACCUCCAGAUUCACCAACAGGAGAAGAUGAUUAUGGAGCUAGAAAAACAGGUUGAAAAAAAUUUAAAACUGGAAGAAAAAAUCACCAUGCUGCAACAGCAGAACGAAGAACUCAGAGCCAGGAUUGAGCAAAAUACUGUCAUAACAAGGCAACUGUCAGAGGAGAAUGCAAAUCUUCAAGAAUACGUUGAGAAAGAAGUGGAGGAGAAGAAGAAGCUCAGCAGGACUAACGAGGAGCUCCUCUGGAAGCUGCAGGAGGGAGAUGCCGUGAGCCCCGUCAAACUCCCACCCGCACCGUCCACUCCUUUUUAUCGCUGCUCAUCAGGGAACUCCUCUCCAGCAAAAGUCAGAACCCUGAGGCGAUGAAUCAGCAGCUGUGUGCCAAAAGUUCCCUGCCUUUUGCGCAUUUCCAACCUGCAAACUGUUACCAUCCAAGGAGUACUACCAUCAACAGGCGCCCAGGGCUCAUGGCUGCAAGCAUGCUCAGUAGCUGCACAGCUUCACACCAGGCAGGGUACUCGUACAGUCACCACAGAGAAACUCUUGGUUCUGACAUGUUGAUUAGGGUAGCAGAAAAGAUAGCCAGUAACUAGAACAGCAGAUGCUUAGGAUAGCAAAAGGCUUAGUUUGAUGUGUGAACAUUUUAACUAUGGUUAGAGCCAAAAGUUGGGAAAUGCUCUAUUAAUGGUUCAUCAGAAUGAACUUUUGCUGCAGUAUUUCAGGUUAGUUACAAAUAUAGUUCAAGUUGUGAAUAUUUCUGUAUAUGUGUCUGUGUUUAUAUACAUGUACGUAUUGUACCUUUAUACCUAUAUAUAGACGCACACACAUAUAUAUGUAGUUGCAAAUGUUCUGAAUUACAUUUUUUAUAUUAUUGGAUACUAUUAAGUGCUGAUAUAUUUUCAUUACAGUCAGCAGUUUUCUAACUCGUGCCUACGACUUGUAUCUAAAGAAAAUGCAUUAUGCAUUUCUGUUUAGCCUCCCAGGAAUAUUUAUAUCCAACUUAGAAGAAAGGUACACAGAAGUAGAAGCGCCUUCCAAGUGACCACCAAGUGGUACUCUACGUAACAUGAACACCAGCGAAUUUGAAAUUCCAAGACAGUACUGCCUUCAAAGCCAUCACCUUUGCAUUGAACAUCAGAAAAGAUAUGCAUACCAUCCACUGCUUUUUAACUCUUAGCAUUGAUAUCGUAAACGGAGAUAGGCUAGAGAUGAGAAAACUGAGUUUUAGCAAAUUUGGUAGAGGUUACUGGUUAACAUGGUUCAAUUUUAGUGUCUUUAUUUCAGUCCUAGUCAGCUCUUGUUUUACUUUGUUGUGGUUAGGAUGCAAUCAAAAUCUCUGGCUGUAGGUUUCUGUCCAUUUUAUUUCAAGUCCCAGAAGCAAGAAGGAGAAAAUAUGUUGUUUAUCCUUGACCUUUGCUGGAUGAGAGGUUUCCAAUAGUUAGAUGAGAUACUGAGCAUCUGCUAGGGCUCUAGCUUUCUUAGACCUCAAAUGCCAAAUAGAGCAUAGCCAACUUCAUAGGUGCAGAUGAGGUCAGAAUUUCUUUCCUUCCACAUAUCUGCAUUAUUUCACAUCACUACAGCUUACCCAGAGUUACAGAGCACUUUGAAGAUUCAUGGAAAUGAGUGGCUAAACUACCUUUAACUUUCCCAUCUGGAAGCAAAAUUGUUCACCCAGGCUUGGGGUGACCUUCCACCUGAGGGGAUGCUGAGGCCAAGGAGUAGUAGGGGUGAGACUGUCUGCAGGGCCCUCAUGGGCUCUGCUAACUAGAUAAAAAUAUCCCUGAGCGUCACUUAAAAAAAUAAGAGAUCUGUGGUGCUUUUCUACCCAGCUUAGGGCAAAGAGCCUGCAUGCAGGCCUGCUCUGUGCACUGGGGUCAAAGCCAGCAGGGUGACAGUACCUGGAGGAAAUCCCUGAGGUGCAGGAGCGCUGCAGGGAUGGUGGCUUUCUCUCUCAGGUGUGUGGUGGCAUCAGCAGGCCCUCCACCCACAGGGGUGGCAUUGCACAGCCCUGCCAUCCUGCUCAAGUGGGAGCUGUGCUUCAGCUUUCCUGGGAAAUACUCAGGAUUCACAGACUGCAGCUUAGGUACAGCUUCAGCCACCAUCAAAGCACUUGUGGCCUGUUCCACAGUGUUAAAAAGAAAGAUGAUUUUUUUCUCCUUUAUAGAGAAAUUUAUUUUUGUAGCAGCUUUUGCAUGGUACUGUGAUACUGAGUAAAUUGAGCAUCCUGUUAGAAUAGAUCACACCACCCCAAGCUACUACUGUUGAAUGCAUUGCUAGAUUUUAGUGUGUCCAGCAAGUACAGCCUGAAAGAUAGAUACCUAGCACGCACAUGCACACAAAGCCCCUUCUUGCCACAAACAACUUUAAUCAUUUUGAUACUUGCUAACUGCACAGCUAUUUGCAACACCUACAGCAUUGUCAUCUUUCAUUGCACCAAUAUAAUUCUGAUACAGUGAGAUCACAGACUCGUGGGGUCAUUUGGGUUAGAAGGGAACUUUAAGACUAUCUAGUCCAGCCCCCACUGCCAUGGGCAUGGACACUUUCCAGUAGACCAGGUUGCUCAGACCUUCAUCCAACCUGGCCUUGAACACUUCUAGGAAUUGGGCAUCAACAACUUCUCUAUUCCAGUAUCCUACCACUGUCAUUGUAAAAACUCUCUCCCUUAUGCCCAGUCUAAACCUAUCCUCCUUCAGUUUAAAAAUGUUGUCCCUUGUCCUACCACUACAGGCCCUGGUAAAAUGUCUCUCUCCAUUUUUCUUAUAGGCCCCCUUGAGGUUCUGAAAGGCUGCUAAAAGAUCUCCCUUGAGUCUUCUCCAGGCUGAACAACUCCAAGUGUCUCAGCCUGUCUCCACAGAAGAGGUGCUCCAGCCCUCUAAGAUCUUUGUGGCCUUCCUCUAGACCCACUCCAGGAUGUCCAUGUCCUUCUUAUCCCCAGAGCUGGAUGUAGCACUUCAGGUUGGGUCUUACAAGGUGGAGUAGAAGGGCAGAAUCCCCUCCCUUGCCCUGUUGGCUGCACUGCUUUGGAUGCAGUCCAGGAUACAACUGACUUUCUGGGCUCUGUGCACCCACUGUUGGUUCAUGUCCAGCCUCUCAUCCAACAGCAUUUCAAAGUCCUCCUCAGCAGGGCUGUUCUCCAUCUCUUUAUCUCCUAGCUUGUGUUCAUAUCAAGGGUUGCCCCAGCCUAGGUCAGGACCUUGCAGUUGGUCUUGUUGAACCUCAUGAUGUUCACGUGGCCUCAACUCUCAAGCCUGUCCAGAUCCCCCUGGAUGACAUCCCCUCCUUCCAGUGUACCAGCUGAACCACUCACCUUGGUGUCAGUCCACAAACAUGCUGUGGAUGCUCCUGAUCCCGCUGUCUGUGUCAUUUAAGAUAUUACACAAUAUCAGAGUGAUCUGGGGACACUCUGGGGGACACCACUUCUUACUGAUUGCCCUUUGGACAUUGAGCUGUUCUGGAUGUAGCCAUCCAGCCAAUUCCAUAUCCAGCUUCCAUCCAUCAAAGCCCCCAGUUUAGAAUGCUGUGUGGGACAAUGUCAAAGGCCUUGCAGAGUCCUGGUAGAUGACAUCAAUUGCUCAUCCCUCACACAUCAACACAGUCACACCAUUGCAGAAGGACAUCAGAUUAGUCAGAGUGGCUUGUUGGUAGUUUCUAGGAUUCUCCAUUUUACCCUUUGUAAAAAUGAUUGAGAUGAUACAACUGGAGUUGUUACCUUGAUGCUACUCGAAACUUUAAAUGCACUAAAGCAUAUUAUUGGCCCAGAACAGGCUGGCUGAAUCUGUUGUAAUUUAUUCAUCUUUCCCCUUUAUAUCUGGUGCUUUCCUUAUCACUUUAUUGGUUUAAAGUCAUAUUCAAGAGAUGCUUCCAGCAGUGAAUUGGGAGUGGGGCUUUUGUAGUGGGAAAACUGGGACUGAACCCAGCUCCAUCAUCAUUUGGUAUCAUUGCCAAUCUCUUUCCCAUCUAAUUUUUGCCUCCCAAUCCUGCCUCUCACUCACUUCUUCCUUGGCAAACCCUCUGGGGCCUGCCCAAUCACUAGCAAAGCUGCAGGAAGUUUUGCCUAACCAGAGAGACCCAGCAACCUGUCCCUGUGGGGGGUGUGAGGAGUGGCUCCUUCUGGCACAAGCCCAGAAACACUUGACUUUUUUCCCCCAAAAAAGGUUACUCCUUUUUUAUACUUUUCCUCUAUCCUGUCUUUCUUUGCCUCUGUAUGCUGAAGUAGGUGUGAAAGAAAAGCCCGGGUCACUCGGACAGCAGGAGGAAGGCAGCAGCCCCUGAAUGGGGCAGCCAUUCCCAGGGAAGACCCCUGGGUGCACCCUGGGUGCCCAGCUGGUAAGCCCUGCACUUGCCAGCAAGCUGCAAUCAUGCAAGGUGAGCUUGGCAUUCCCAGCAGGGCCGGGGCCAUAGCUCUAUUCCAUGCUCCUUGUCCCUGUUCAAAGACAAGCAAGGGGAAGUGUUUGCUUUUGCAGGGCUGGAAACUUCCUGAAUGCCAUGGUCACUGUGGGGACUUUCCCAUUUGUUAACAGGAUGGCCUGUGGCAGGAAAGGGAAUGGAGCCAGCACUAAGCAGAAAGGGUUUUAUCAUCGCUGUCUUUAAAGAAGCUGUUUGAUUUUGUUAAUCUUUACUCAAUGCAGAAGGGUGCAGCAGCAAUAAAACCAGCCUACAGCUGCUCUAAGAGGUUCCAGAAACAGGCACUGGGAGCAGGUAUCUGCCAUGGGAUGGCAGGAGAGCCAGCAGCACGCAGGGGGGGCAUGGAAAACUCCUUUUAAUUGUGAGAAGGUACCAUUUGGCCCUACUGGGAUUGCACCUCCAGUGACUGCUGGCAGAGAUGGGUUGACUUAGUUGAUGCACAGUGGCAAAGGCUCAUGGUGGUGGCAGGCGGGGGGAGGAAAGGAAAAACUAUCAAGUGCAAAAUCAGGUAUUUUGUCUCUGCACUGAUGGUGGUUGUGUCCCAUGGACACUCUGAGGAGCCUCUGUACAGCUUCCCAUGCAGCAGGAGUUCUGUGGUCCCAUUUACUAUGUGGCUAAUGAUUACAGGAAGAGUUUGUAUUAUUUCAAUUAUGAUGUACAGAUAAGUGUAAUAUAUUCCUGAUAAUAAAUCCGUGUGCCAGUGCACCUGUGGGCUGACGCAUACAGAUCAGCAUGUCCUGCCGUGUUUUCUGUGCACACAGAAAUUGGGAUGAAUGGGAAACCAUGCAAAAACCCCAUGAGAGGGUUACCCCACCAAGGUAAAGACUGAAGCUAGACAGUCAUUAGCUUCCUGGCAGCAGGGCUGGGCAGCUGCAUUAUCUGACAGUGGCUCAUGCUUUGAGUUUCCAUGGAUUCAUUUACAAGGAUGUUUCCAGCAAGACUGGAGCUCCCAGAACAGUGACUGUAAUGUUUCCAUUGAAGUGUCACACUGCAGCAUGUGGUAACAGGAACAUUUCUGCCAGUGGGCAGCAAACACCUGAACUCCCCACUGCUCCAGUUCACUCAGUUUCAACACCUUAUCCCCUUGUCCCCUUCACCCUGCCCUCCUGCUGACAGCCACAGAGCUGCUCAGGGUUUGCCACAAGGAUUAAAAAGGGACCGGGUCAUACCCCACCUUGGGAAUGUGCCUGACAACAUCCUCCUGAAAAAUCUUUCACCAAGCCCCUGGCUUGCUCAGCACAGAUGAAGCUUUGGCAAAGACACAAGCUUCAUGUCUUCAUUGAACAGAAGCUGGGAGCCAGGUAGGAAAAACAUUCUUAUAUUUUUAGUACAAUAUAAAACUUUGAUCCUGUCUGAGUUUUCAUCUUGUUGCCCUCCCAUCACAUUUUUAGUGCCUUUUGGGAGGCUUUGGAGUGUGUUGACCUUGCCUGUGUUUAAGCCAAAUAAGACUUCAACUUUUAAUUUCUAUAUUCAUCGCUCCCUGCUUGAGUAAGACUGUAUAUGCACGAGGAGCAAAGGCUUGGCGGAUGAUCAAGACUUGUUGACUGGAACAGACCCCCAGCUUCAUUCUGUGGGGGAAGCUGCACUCAUCACUCACCCUGAAGUGCACCUAGGAGGCAAGGAACACACUGCCUUCACAUCCUCAAAUUCCAAUCCUGACAAGAAAAGCCUCCCAGCGUACUAGAAUUAACAGAUUAAAACACUUCGGUGGGCAAAAAGGCUAUAAAGUCUCUUGGAAACAUGAGAAAUGGUCCACAAUGCAGCCAUGUUAUCCAGGAGAGGGUCUGAUUGCCCCUUCUGCUACAUCAGAUGCCUGGUGAGACCCUGGGCAAGGCAUGCAGUGGUCUGUUCAGUUCUCCAACCUGAUGACAGGCACAAGGGCCUGUCGCUUCAUCAGCAAGAGCCAUGCUGACAAAGAAAUUAAAGACUGUCCAGUGUUCAGAGGCAGUAGUAAGAAGGACACCUAGGAAAGCAUCCACUCACAACGGGAAAGGGGAUUUCAGCAGUAUUGAUCUGGGAUGCUCCAACGUCGGAAGUGUUUGAAAGAAGGUUGGACAGGGUUUUGAGUAACUUGUUCUAGUUAAAGAUGUCCCAGCUGACGUCAGGUAAGCUGGAUCAGAUGACCUUCAAAGGUUCUUUUCCAACCCAAACCAUUCCACAAUUCUAUGAUUUGUUUUUCAGUACAAGCUGAAGCAUUAAUUUAGAUCAGAGGCAUUACUUGGGUGUGGUUCACCUUCACGUGAAGGUGCUUUAAUAAGCCUUUUUAGGGUAGUGGAUUAAUUUGGCUAGGGAAAGUUAUUAGAGAGAAAUUAAACAAAAAAUCAUCAUACAGCCAAAACCAAGACAUUGCCAAUCACAUUGUCUGGCACAUACAGACGCUGGUCUCAACUCCAAAUUUCCCAUCCUUCACUAUGGGCAGGCUCUGGAGACGAUCUCCAGCCCCAAAGGGAAAGCUCCCCUCAGCAAGUCAGACCCUACAGCUUAAUGGUGUUUUCUGGGCUGCACACUCUGCCAGGACUGAGAAGCCCCUGCAUACCCCAGAGCCUCCCCUGGACAGGGGGCAGACACCAGGCAUUGCUCAUGUAAGAACUUCAUGCUUCUGAGAUCCUCCUGUGCUUCCCUUCCCAGUGCAGGAAUGUGCUCCACCCACCAAUGUCAAACCAAAGCUGCUAAUGCCAGGCAGCCAGCACACAAAACUGAUGUGGGGGCAGGAACAUAGGGCUCCACUUGGUGUCAGGGCUAACUCAAUUCUGUUGGGCCACUCACACCACUGGUGAUCUCUGAGGCAAAGAGGCAGGACUGCUCUUUGGAGACACCCAUUGUUUUCAAGCCUUUGCAGGACUUGCACCACAUGGUUUCCUGACUAAAGCUGGCAAUUGCUCUGUGGGACACACAGUUGGCAGAAACACCUGCUGGUGUUGCCUGUGUGCUGGCAAGCGAUCACUCACCUGACAAGCAGUGACCACAAACCUUUCCAACCUUUCACAGCAGUGACAUGCCUUAAAGCAUGUGAGCACGUAGCUAAAAAACCCUGUUAGAUAGAACAGAAAAGGUAAGACCUGAUAUUUGAAAGAAUGCAAAUCUUGCAGGUGCUUUGUUAACCUGGUGAAAUGUAGCAUUUGGUGAGAACCUUUUUUUUUGUGUGCAUACAGAUUGUACAACUCACAUAGGGUUAAGGAUGGAUCCUGGUCUGUGCCUGACAGUAGCACUGCAAAAUCUGCUCCAUGUAUAAUCAAGUACAAUAUCUAUGGGGAGGUAUUUCUGGGGGCUACUGAAAGAAGGACAUUUGUGAGGCCUGUUCUCAUAGCAGCAUUUGCACACAGAAGCAGUUCUCUUUCUACACACUGGGAGAAAAAAAAAAAACAAAACAGGAGAGGGAGAGAGGGAAGCACCCCAGUUGAGCUGCCAGUGCUGCUGGGAAUAUGCCAGAGUUGAGUCUUUUCAUCUUGUGGUCCCUUUAAACUGUGCUGCUAAACAAACUGCAAGCUGCAGUGACCAAGCUGGGGA